UGGUCUCUGGUUGGUUCAUUUCUAUCUAUCUGGAUGUGAUCUACAUUAUGAAGGAAACUUUGCCAGUCUCUGCUCCAGCAGUCAAUCAUCAUGGAUAAAAGUCCCUUUUACCCUCAACUUGAAUCUAAACCAAUGAAGUACUCUGUAUACUGCUUCACCACCAGCAGGCGGCAGUGUAGGUUCAUUUCUGACUGGAACCCUUUUCUUCUUUUUUUUUUUUUUACCACAGUAAAGAUGAAGCAGAAUUUCAUUUUACCUCACCAGAAACAGCUGACCAUGUAUUAUAAGGACUUUUUUUUUUUUUAAAUAAAUGGAUACAUUAACAACAGUCAUCUACUUAAAACAACUGGGGUUUGAUUCCUGUCAGUUUUGGGUUGGAUGUCCCACAUCACAUAAACACACCAUCUACUGCGAGACUAUAACUCAAAUGAGCUGGAACCAGACUGCAGUUCUGGACUGGAAGACUGGAAGUUAGCCAGCUAUACUGUUAGUGCUGCAGCAGCACACAUGCUGAAAGCUCACCACUGCAGUUAAUGGUCAGAGCAGCACAGGUGGCUGAGUUAAGUCAAUUCACACUCGUGAUGCUCAAGGAAGGAUGACGCCAUGAAAACGAACAAAAGGAGAGCAUUUUCUAGAUAAUUUUGAGUCACUCAUAAUGAAAGGAUUUCAUCAGCCAGCAGACCAACAGCCAGUGGAUGCUGGCUCUGAUGAGGAGUGAAGGCUCAACACAUAUGUUUACCUACAAUACGUCGGUCUCAUUUCUGUGGGGCAUGAUGCCUUAUUAUCCAGCCGAGCAGGAGGAUCCCAACCAGCCUGAAUGGCAGCUUGUCGUGUCUUUCUUCUGUAACGGAAUGAUCGAAGGCGUCAUACUGCUGCUCCUCUUCUGGCUCCUCAUUCAGGUUCUCUUUGUCAGUAAUCUGGAGGUUCACCUGCAGAUCCUGCUGGCUGUGGGUCUGGCUGUGCUCUGCUACUGUCUGGUUCUUGGUUGCAUCCUUUGCUGUCGCAGAAGGAAGAGUGUUUCAUCGGAGGACAAGGAGGCAGUUUUCUUGUCUCCUCAUUCUGCUGAACAGGUGACUGUGACACUGACUCCAUCUCCAUGUACCCAGCUAGUGAAGCAGCAGUAUGAGGAGUUGGAUGGGGAUGUGUUGGAGUUCCCUUCCUCUAAAAGCAGUUCUACUCCCUCUGAAGAUGACUUCACUGCUUUGCCCUUUGACCCCAGCCCUACGAGAUCAGCUGAAUUGGUGCAGUCUCCUAGGUCCUCUUUCCCGAUGCGGCGCCUCAGCACCCCAGCUGUUCCCUGCACACCAAAUAAACGUCCAAGUCAUGGCAGAGCAUCUUUGCCCUCCAUCAGUAAGCUGAGCCUGGUGUCUAAAUCUCGUCGGGUGAUGGGCCGGCGCAGCACCGUGAGCGGUGAAAGUUUCCUGUACAGCGAGAGCAGUCGUCUGACUGCUGGUGCCGCCAAAGCCACCAUCCAGCAGGGGGAGCCCUCUGUAUCACAGUAUGGCUCUAACUCUUUGUCCAUCCCUUCCAAGCCAGCUCCUCUCUUGCACUUCUCCCUGCUCUUCUCCUCUACAUGUGGCACUCUGGUGGUCAACAUCCUGGGGCUCUCAGGGGCCAGUCGAAGGCGUAGCGGGGUGUUUGUCCGGGCCAGUCUUCCUCCACUCUGCCCCUCUCCUCAGCAGAUAGCCUCUCGACGCCGCAGCCUCAGCCCAGAGCUCCACAGUCAAAGCUUUGUUCUGCAAGUGGGCUCUAUAGAAGAGCUGCGCACCUGCACUUUGAAAUUGGCUGUCUAUAGCAGGGACUUCUCAGGCCUCAGAGAGGCUGCACUGGGGGUAGUGGAGGUGCCCUGUGAGCAGAUGGAUUGGGAGCCUGACACCACCACUACCUACACCAGGCAGCUCAGCCCGACUAAAAGCAAGCUGAAAAAGAGUGUGAGUUCUCAGGAAACGCUGGGUCACAGGAAGAGUUCAGUUUGUGUGCCACGGGCUUUGGGCCAACUGUUCAUCCUGCUGCAGUACCAGACACUGGCCCAGCGCAUCAAGGUGAUGGUCCGAAAGGCUGAGAAUCUGGCCAAGCUCACACGGAUCCCAGGAGCUCCAGACCACUAUGUUGUCAUCAACUUGCGUCAGGGUGGAAAAGUAAUUGGUACCAAGGAGACCAAAGGAGCCAGUGGUCCAAACCCCGUCUGGAAUGCUCCAUUCCUAUUUGACCUGCCCUCUGGUGACAUCACUCAGCUGCCACUGGUCCUCGAAUUUAUUGUGAUGCAGGGCCGUCUCUACACUAAGAGCAGCGUUCUGGGACGUGUAUUGAUUGGCAGUGAUGUUUCGGAGGCGGGACAGGGACACUGGAAGGAAAUGUGCAGUCGGGGGCAAGUAGAGACGGCUCGCUGGCACACCAUCCAGUCCGAUGUGCUGUAGGACUGAUUGACAGACUGUGGGAGUGGGUUAUUAUCCCUCUGCUGCUCAGUGAGUGAAACACAGGGAGGUGGAGUAAUGUGGAAACUUCUCCACACUUCUCCCUGCUUCCAAAGUAUUUAUUUUCAGUUCUGUUGUGUAUUUUUGCAAGCUAUGUCAAUUUUUAUAGUUUUCCAUGUCCUCUGUCAACAAACAGUGGUUAUGAAUUAAUUACCUGGUGAUGCUAACAGCUAAAGGGAGAGACUGGCAGCAUUAGUAGCUGCUUCUCACAUAUUCCAAAUAGUCUACGUGUAUCUGGAGGGAGAAGCACAGAUAACUGUAUAGCGGAGGCUGUGAGGAGGGCUGUGCGGCAGCUUUCUCCUUAUAAAACAUUAUUCUACAUUCUUGCAUUGCCUUUGUGAUUAUUUCCGAUGUAGUCUGUAAAACUGUAUCAUCCUGGUUGUAUGCAACUCGUGUUGAUGUUGUGGAACUGUUUGUAUUGUGCCCAGAGGCUACAAAUGUUAAUGUUGACUAGAAAUGGUUGGAUUUUCAAAAGUUUGCAAAGUUACGGAGCAUAUAUGUUGCCACCCUGCUCGUGGUUUGCUGUGGUGUACUGUACUAGUUUUGAUGCAGAAUGUGCUAAUGUCUUAUAUUCAGUAUGAGGCCAUUAUAGUGGCCUUGCUUUGUGUGGCGUGUUUGCUGGUUUAUUCCUUUUUUUCAGUCCCCAAGAGGUGAAAAAAUGUAGGUUUUGUUCUCUUUUCAGCUACUGUUACAAUAAACAUGUGGGGGCUUGAUGGUUCACAGACACUACAGCUCAGUUUAAAUACAUACUUUAAAACAAUGUUCAGUUUUCUGAAGUUGACCUACUAAUGUGUGGUACAUACAGAACCACACCUUCCAAUUCACUGUAAUGAGGAAGUGUGUCCAAACUUUUGACUGGUACUGUACAUAAUGAAAGAUUGUUAUAAUUACAACUGUAUCCCACACUAAUGCAGAGAAGAUUUAUACAAUAAAGUAUUUUUCUGACAACCACAUUAUAUUUUGGCCAGCUAUUUAUCACGUACAUAGAUAAAUCUUUUUUUUUUUUGCAUUCUCCAAUUAUUGUAUGCACUGUAUCUUCCUUUUUGAAGUGGAGUUGGGAAACAAUUAAAAAAGUG